AAACCCGAUUUAAUUCGAAGUAAGUGGUGAUCGGAUUCGCUUGUUACUCGAAUUUAAAACGCGUCCGCAGUUAUAUGUGUUUUUAAAAUUAACAAAUACAAUAAUCGGAGAAAAAUAUAAAAAUUGACAAAGCAUACGUCGCAAAAGCCUAACAUGGCGGCUGGGAAAAAUUGCAGCUUUGGAUUUUUUUUGCUUGCAUUAAUUAUGCUUGCAGCAAAUUCUGAUGGCACCUGCAAUAUUAGAUGUCCCAAGUCGGAUAAUGGAUUGCUGAAGUACACUGUCGGUAACUCCUAUGAGUACUCUUUCGACAGUAUUUUAACCGUUGGUCUAAAUGCUGGAGUUAUUAGUGAGGCAGAUGAUACAAGUCUUAAAAUAUCAGGAGUGGCAAAAAUAUUCUCAAAAGGAAACUGUGGAUACUCCUUACAGCUCACUUCAGUAAAAGUUUCUAAUACAAAAGAGUCCAUGGAAAAAAAAAUUCUAAACGGCAUUCAGAAGCCUAUCGAUUUUAUUUUAGCUAGUGGAGAAUUAGAACCUCAAAUUUGUACUGAUUCUAACGAUUUGGAAUAUUCUGUGAACAUAAAGCGUGCUGUUAUUUCGCUGUUUCAAUCGGGAACAAAUACAGAAAAUGAAGUUGAUGUGUUUGGCCAGUGCCCUACUCAUACCUCAAUCUUAAAAUCGGGUGGAAUCGAUACCAUUACAAAAGUGCGAAACUUGAACAGCUGUGCCUAUCGUGAACAAAUUAAUAGUGGUCUUAUUUCUGGCGUGGUUAACGAAAAAGCGGGUAUUACAUCAAGUUUGAUUUUGCAAGCAAACUAUGCUAAAGAGUUAAAAAUUAUAAACAGUGUUGUAGAAAGUGUGCAACUCACGGAAACAUAUAAAUUUGUUGGGUCCACUAAAGGAAAUUCUGAUAUCAGCGCAAAAGUUUUCACAAGCAUUAAACUAAAAAAUGCGUCUGGGGCCAAGAGCACUUUACCACCCAGUGGAACUACUGUUAGAAGCAUUAUGUACCAAAAACCAGAGACAUACUCGUCAAAAAACAUUAAUUCCCUUAAAAAUAUUUUAAAUGAGCUCGUGAAUUCUAUUAGCGACUAUGUUAAAAUAGAUAGUGCAAAAAAAUUCGUUGAGUUUAUUCGUUUAUUGCGUCAUGCAGACGUUGAGACCUUAUUAGAAUUAUCUGCAUUUCCACACCCGAACAAAGUUUUGGCCCGAAAAGUUUAUUUGGAUGGGCUAUUUCGUACAAGCACUGCAGAAGCCGCUCGAGCUAUUUUAAAACAAUUUGGAAAAUUUGACGACAAAGAAAAAUUAAUUGCUGCUCUAUCACUUAAUCUAGUAAAAAAUGUUGAUAGGGAAACUCUUAAUCAAGCUGCUUCUCAAUUAACGCCAAGUGCACCUAGCCAAUUAUAUCUUUCGAUUGGUAGCUUAGUUGCCGAUUUUUGUUCUAAAAAUGUAUGCCAUGGAGUAGAAAUUGAGCCUUUAAUUAAAAAAUUUGUAGAUGGUCUUAAAAGUUGCAAAGCCAAUACAAAAAAAGAUGAAGAUCGCAUUGUGUCAAUUUUGAAAAGUAUUGCGAACACAAAAACAAUAAGCUCUAAUAUAGUAUUUGCUUUAAAUGAGUGCGCCUCCACAGGCAGAUCUAAUCGUAUACGUGUGUCUGCUUUGCAAGCUAUUGCUAGUAUUGGGUGCGAUAUGAACCUACAAUCGAAAUCAUUGGAAUUGCUUCGAGAUUAUAACGAAGAUUCAGAGAUACGUAUAGAAGCCUAUUUAGCGGCAAUUUCAUGUCCAAAUGCAGACUUAGCUAACAAAAUUUCUGAAAUUGUGAAUUCUGAAAAAGUUUAUCAGGUUGGAGGCUUUAUAUCAUCGAACUUAAAAGCGAUUCGCGACUCAACGGAUAGUAGCCGAGAACAACAAAAGUACCAUUUGUCUAAUAUCCGAGUAAAUAAGCAGUUCCCUAAGGAUAUAAGACGCUACAGUUUUAAUAAUGAAAUUUCUUAUAAUAUUGAUGCCCUAGGUUUUGGAGCAAGCUCUGACUAUAAAUUAAUUUAUUCACAACAUGGAUUUUUGCCCCGAUCCUCACGAAUUAAUGUAACAACUGAACUUUUUGGAACUCAUUUCAAUAUUUUUGAAGCAAGCAUACGCCAAGAAAAUUUGGAGAAUGUUUUGGAGUAUUAUCUAGGCCCAAAAGGUCUGCUAAAUAAGGAUUUCGAUGAAAUUGUAAAGCUUAUUGAAGUAGGAAAUGCCGGAGGCGGGCGUGCUAAGCGGUCAAUCGCAGAUGAUGCAGCAAAGAUAUCAAAAAAAUAUAAAAAUUAUGGCAAUAAAAUUUCGCGAGAUAUAAAUCUAGAUCUAUCAUUAAAGCUGUUUGGCUCGGAAUUAGCUUUUCUUAGUUUCGGGGAAAACAUUCCGAAUACGUUAGAUGAUAUCAUAAAUUAUUUUUCUGAUUCAUUUGAAAAGGGGAAAAAGGAAUUGUCUGCAUUUGAAAAAAAUUUUGCGUAUCAUAACUUAUUUUUAGAUUCAGACCUCACAUAUCCAACAAGUAUUGGAAUACCCCUCGAAUUUACAGCUCAAGGAUUCGCAGUCACUAAAUUAGAUUGUGCUGUGAGCUUAGACAUAAACGCAAUUUUGGAACAGAAUUGGCAAAAAGCCAAUUAUAGAUUAAAGAUGGUUCCAAGUGUCGAUUUAAUCGUUAAUCUCCAAGUUGGUUUUAAUGCACAAGUACUGUCUACCGGCCUUCGCAUAGUUUCUACAGCGCAUUCGGCAAGUGGAAAUGAUGUACAUUUUGCUCUUAGUAACGAUGGGGCAGGAUUUAAUUUUGAUGUCGAACUCCCUAGGGAAAAAAUUGAGUUUAUUAACAUAAAAGUUAAUGCGGAACUUUUUAUUGCUGAACAGGACAAGCAAAAAACUAUGGGUCUCAAAAGUACGAAAAAAACCCAAAACGGUCAUCCAAAUGAAAUGUGCUUUAACCAGUUGGAUAUCAUUGGAUUAAACAUCUGUAUUGAAGCAUCAACGAAUUUAAAUGAAAUUCAAGCUAAUAUUGGAAAUAAUGGAAAAGGUCUUUCGACUCGUGACCAUUUUCAUUUAUCCAAACCAUUUAGUUUUGCAAUUUAUUUAACAUCAGAACGUAAAAUUGGAAUAAAAGGAACUCGAAAAAUUAAGCCAUCAGGUAGCCAACAAUGGAAAUUAGAUUUUUCUACUCCAGAGUCAAAGGUUUCACAUGAUAAUAGUAUUACUUUUGAGCUCGGAUCAAAACCACGUAUAUAUGGACGAUUGUCCUUCGACAAUUCCCAGUAUCAUUUGGGAGUUGAAGCUGGACUUAAUAAUGAUAAUCAUGAAUUGGUGGCUUAUGGCCAAUACGAACAAGACAAAGAAGUAAAAAAAUCUAAAAUUGGGUUUACCAAGAAUGGAAAUGAAUACACCCCUCUACUCGAAAUUCAAGGAAGUAAUGGCAUCACUAACCAUAUUUAUGGAUACCAUGCUGAUGGUAAGAUAAUUGUGAAUAAAAUCAGUGAAAAACUGGAAAGAUACAAUUUUGAAAAUUUUAAAGUUUCAAAUGGAAAUAAAGAAUAUUUCGUUUUAAAUGGAUGGACAGAAAUAGGCGCGAGUUCAGUUAAUUCAGACUUAAAAAUUAGUUCAGAGCAGCAGUCCUACUUGGUACAAGGCAAUUUUAAACUGGAAAACGGACAAUAUGCCGGAGGCUUAUUUAUUAGUGACGAACGCUCUCCAGAAAAUGUGUAUGGAAGUUCCGUACAAUUGACGAUUAACGAUCAUUCCUACGAUGUUAAGUUAAAUGCUAAAGCUUUUGCUUGGGCAGUUGACUCGGAUGUAAGCUUUGAGUUUGUAAACGACAUGGAUUCGGUUCGUAAGGGAACUUUUAGACAAAGCACAUACGUUCAAAAUAGGAAUAAACCAAUUGGAGCUUUUACCACCCAAUCGAAUUUUGAUGUGAAUAAGUUUAGUCUUGAUACUGAAUUAUCAUAUGACCAAAAAGUUGGUUCGUUAAAUAUUAAAUAUGAAAGCAAUGAAAACUCGUGGAAAAUGUACGACCUUGAAAUAAUUGCUAAGCUUAAGGAUCAUUCAAUAAAUAUUAUAUCAAAAAAGAAUUUCAACGGUAGCCUAUAUACUAUUGAUAAUGUUUUAACUUCAAGUUGGGGAACUUCAUUCUCUGCGAAAGGAGAAAUAGGCCAAAGGUAUACAGCACAAGAUAUUCAUAUUAAUAUGGAAGGAAAUUUUCAAUUAAGUGGAAAGGAUAAAUAUAAUCAUUGGAUAUUUAAAAUUAUUGGAACCCCUGACAAAACGAACGGCGAGCUGAGAGUUAGCCGGGAUACAACAGAACUCGUUAAAUUUACAAGCGAGUCAUAUCAUCCUCAAGACAAAACAUCCUCCGCAAAGGUAUCUCUUAAUAUUAAAAAUAUAUUAAAUUCUAAAGGUGAGUUCCGCGUAGCUAAAAAUGGAAAGGGCGAGCUUACCGCAACUAUUGAGACUCAAAAAACUGAACCAAAACAUAAGCUCGAUGUUGAAACCAAAUUUCAUAUACUGGCACCCAAAUAUGACAUAGACACGAGCAUUAUUAUUGAUGGUAACAAAAUUCAUUUUAAAUCAGAAAACAACCUUGAAAAGCUAAGAUUUUCUACCAAAAAUGUGGCAGAGGCAAAUGACAAAAAGAUUUCUUUUGAUGCCAAUGGCAGUGUGAAAGGCGAACUGAGAAGCAAUGGAGAAAUUCUGGGAACUUUUUCAUUAAUUAUUCCCGAUGGAAGAAUUAUUGGUGGCGCUAUUAAUCGCAAAAUUGUGACCAAUGUGAAGACUGGUAUAACCCAAGGAAACGUUGAAUUCCAAUUUACUGAUAAGCCUUCUGAAAAAAGUAAACGUACAAUUGAAUUUAAAGGAACGCUUGAGCGCCUUAAUACCAAGACAAAAGAGUUUUCUGUAAUUAGUCAAUUUGUAUAUACUCCAUUCGAUGGAAAAAAAUCUGAGCUGAACUAUCAAAUUAAACACCUACGUAACGGAGAAGCUGGAAGUUUAGAUAUAAGCUGUGCGGCUCACGGCAAUCCAUUUAACCAACCUAUUAAUAUUUCGGUUGCUAUUAGCGAAUACAGCGUAAAUAGCGCAGAAUAUCGCCUCUCCACUGUAUACGGUGAUAUUUUAACAGUUACAUUAAAUGGAAAUUAUGACAAUAAACAAGACCCUGCUACAUAUCAGAUUCAAACCAAGGUUCAAGUUCCAACGUCUAAUAUAAAGUUCAUUGAGUUUAAUAGUCAUGGUAAAAUUUUAAAACCAUCAACAUUCUAUAAAAAUGACCCAUCUACCAUUGAAUUUGCUGCAGAUUUUAAAACUGGUCAAGGUAUUUUUGGUCGCAUCAACACAAAUUUGAAGGGUACAUCACAGGAAGGAAACUAUAAUUUGGAGACCCAAACUAAUAAUAUGGAAUCGCCAUUUAAAUUGCAAGGAAAUUAUUUACGGGAUCAAAAGGGAAGCUUAAAAGAUGGGGACUUAAACAGCAAGCAAAAAUAUGCAGUUAGCACCCAGUAUGGCACACAAUUUUUAAAAACUAAUGUAGAAGUAUCCUAUGGUGCCGCUGCAGCAGAGGUUGUAUAUAAAUUAGACUCAAGCUACGAAUCUGCCAAAGACAUCGAAGUCAAUUUACGUGGUCAAAAGAGUUCCGAUGAUUCGACUUACUUAAUCCUUGCAAAAAUCAAACAAUUUGAUAAAUCAUAUGGCUUGGAUACAAAACUUUUUCAAACACCCCAUAAAAAAGGAUUUGAUAUUCGCAUUGAUUUAAUUAAAGAAAGCCCUAUUAUUAUAUCGAGUAUUAUAGAAUUAUUGGGUGAGCGAAAAGGAAAAUUAACUUUGGAACUACAAAAUAUAAUUGACUUUGAUUUCAAGAUAAGAUCUGAAGCAUCCUACGUAAGCAUCGACGAUUUUUAUAUUGUAAGCGAAUGGUCCUCAAAAAAACUUCUGUUAAAUGGGUACGAGCUGGACGCGCGAGCACAAAGCAAACACUUAAAAGUCCAACUUAAGAAUGCUUCAAAAAUAAUAUUUUUGGGCUCUGCCACCUAUGCACUUAAAAAAGAACAAAAUAAAGCAAUUAUCGAAGGCCAAGGACAAGUACAAUACCAGGGAAAAUCACAAAAUGGUAAUUUUAAAUUAACCAGACAGCAUUACGACAUAACCGCAGAUAAAGAAAUUGGAUUCUCAUAUACAUUUAAUGGAAAUUUUGGAAGUAAAAAUGGCAUAUCUACCAUAAAGAUUACCAACAAAGAAUUUAACACAAAGUUUUCAAUUUGCGAAGAAAAAAAACAAUGUACAAACGUCCAAUUACAAUCAAUUGCGACCGUUGACGAACAAAAUUUAAAUACGGCUCAAUAUUCUACGCUUGUACUAGUUGAUUUGCGUGAACUUGGUUAUCCAUACGAAUUUGAACUAAAAUCACAAAAUAUACAACAAGGAAUAAAGUACCAAUACAAAUUAGAUAGCUUUAUUUCGGGAAAUAAUGUCAAAUACCAAAUCUCUGCCCUCAUCCAGCCCACUUCUUCCAUAUUUAAAAUCACAUUGCCCAAGCGCCAAAUUUCGUUGGAAACUGUGCAAAAGUUUCCAACUGACGGAAAAAUUAUUGGUCACUACGAACAGUCAGCUGCUUUAUACAUUAAUAAGCUUCAACGUCCCAAUGAAGUGUUUCGAAUAGGAACUAUCUUAGAUAUAUCAGGAAUCGACCGAGUUGCUCUUAACGCAAAUGGUAUUUUUAAACUAGAGCAUCCGUCAAUACGACCGUUAAGCAUUUCUGCACGAGUAGAUGCAAACGCCGAACAAGAACAAAUUUUUAAUUCGGAAAUUAUUUUCGAUGUUUUUAGAUUGCCCGAACACAAAGUCAUAGGAUCUAGUAAAGUUCGGAAUUCACGGACCAAAAAUCAUUUUAACUUUGAAACUUUUUCCACUUUUAAGUCGAACGGACUGCAGUUCCAGUAUGAAUUAAACGGCAACGGAGCAGUUAACACCGAAGCCCACGAAUUUAAUAUUAGCCUUGAAUUAAAUAAUGGGAAAGAUAACUUAAAAGCAAUAUCGUUUGGAAGUAUGGAAAAAAUUGAAUUGUCCUUAAGCGAAGCAAAUGAUCAAAUUUUCAGAAUCUUCGUCGAAUUUAAUCAACAAAAAAAAUCAGCAAAAUACAACGCAAAAUUGGAAGCUCUUGACCGAAACAUAAUUGAAAUCAGAAGUGAGAUUCAGCCCUCGUCUGCCAUAGUUACACUUAAGCGUCAAGAUCUCCUUGAUGGUAGCGUAGAAGUAAAAUUGGGAAAGGAAUUUAAAUUCGACAUUUCAAGCAAGGGGAAAGUAUUGUCCAAUGGGCGUGUAGCUUUAGAUCCGACGAAUUUUUUGCAAACGAACUACCAAGCAAAUGAUGAAAAUGUUAAAACAUUUUGGGACAACAUUGAAUCAGAAUUUAAGCAAGAAACCGAUCACAUGACCAAAAGUGUUAGCCAUAAAUUUGAAGUGAUACGAAAUGAAGCAGCAGAAAAGAUAAAGUUGGUCAAAGAGGCUUCUCCUGAUUUUUCGCAACUCAAGAAUACACUAGAAGAAAAUGUAAAUGCUCUUGUUCAUGAGUUAGAAGAAGAUCCAUCAAUAGAAAAAAUAUUUUUUGAAAUACGUACACUAUUGAAAAAUGUUGGUAAUACAAUCGACAAAGUGACAAAUACAAUAAGCGAAGCAUAUGAAAAUAUUAAUAAAUCUCUUUUUAAUGUAUAUGAAAAGCUUAACACACUUUGGAAGGACUCCAUUCUUAAGGUGUGGGAUGACAUUACCUUGACUGCAAAUAAAGUAAUAAAUCAGAUACGUAUAGAGAUUUUCAACGCCUGCAAAAAUGCUUUCCAAGGAUUGCGUAAUGUAAUGGACAAGUAUGGACCGGUACUGAAAAAUUAUGGAAAAGUAAUUUCUGAGUUAAUAAAACCAAUUAACGAAGCACUGCAAGAAAUUAUACAAAAUUUGGUACAAACAGUGGAGGAGGUUAAUAACGACUUUAAAAAAUUUGUUGGAAAGCUUCCAAAUUUUGAAAGCAUUUGUAAUGAGGUCAAUACCAAAAUUAAAAACUUCAAGAUCUUAGAAAAGACACUAGACCUUACUAACUCUAUCUUUGAACAGUUAAAUAUUUUACAUCAAACUCAAGAAACAACGGAAUUCCUGCAAAAACUACAUGAAUAUUUGGAUGCUAAAUUAAAAAAACAAUCAGUCGAUGACCAAAAAUCUCUUAAUGAACUAGGUAAACUAUUUAUCCAGGCCGUUCGGUCCAUUUACAUGUCAAUAAAAAAUACAUCUUCAGAAACUUUUGUCCAUGCAACCGAUUUUCAAGUGUGGAUUAAUUCUAUACCACAGUCCUUAGAGUCUGUGUUUAAACUACCCACAAUACUCUUAUUGCAAUCUAGUACCUUAAACUACAUAUUGAAUGAAAAUUGGGAAAAUAUUUUCUCAAAAAAUUGGUUAAGCUCUUGGAUAUUUUUCAAUAAUUUUGAGCUUAAGGGCCAUAUUGUUGACGGCCAGCAUGUAUUCACCUUUGAUGGUCAACAUUUUGAUUUCCUUGGAAACUGUAAAUACAUUCUUGCACAGGAUAGUGUUAACAACAAUUUUAGUAUAGUAGCUCAAAUCACUAAUGGAAAGCUGAAAGCCAUAACACUCACAGAUGGUGACGGUAAAUUUGCUGAAAUUGCGGAUAGUGGUGCUCUUAAAAUCAACGGAAACUCAGUUGAAUACCCUCAGCAUUUUUCUGGAAUCCAUGCUUGGCGGCGAUAUUAUACUAUACACUUACACUCUGAGUAUGGAGUAUCUUUAAUAUGUACCACAGAUCUUAAAGUUUGCCAUAUAAAAGUCAAUGGAUACUAUACAAGCAAAACUCGGGGACUUUUUGGUAACGGCAACUUUGAGCCAUACGACGAUAACUUACGCAUCGAUGGUACUAUAACUACAGGAUCGGCUGAUUUGGCCAACGAAUACGGUAUCGGAAAAUGUACACCUGUAGCUGCGACCAAUAAUCAAGGAGACAAUCACUUGCGUUCUGAAAUAUGCAGCGAGUUAUUUGGCAUCGAGUCCCCACUAUUUAUUCAUUUUCUUACAAUCGAUUCCAGACCUUUUCGCAAAGCAUGUGAUAUAUCCGUUGGAAAGGUUAGCGAAAAGGAUAUAGAAGAAACUGCAUGUACUUUUGCUUUAGCAUAUGGCUCUGCGGUUAAGUUGGUUAACAAAUGGGUAAUUUUACCUUCACGUUGCAUAAAGUGCAAUGGACCGCCUGGUCAGAGAGAGCUUCGAGAUGAAUUCACCGUAAAACUGCCAAACAAUAAAGCUGACGUUGUUUUUGUCGUCGAUAUUAAUGUAAGUCCUCUUCUUCUGAGUAAUUUAAUUGCUCCAGCAAUUAGUGAUCUUCGAGAAACUCUUAAAGCACGUGGUUUUACUGAUGUGCAAAUUGGUGUUAUUGUAUUUGAUGAAAAAAAGCGUUAUCCAGCUCUACUAACGAGUGAAAAUGGAAAAUUAAACUACAAAGGAAAUCUGUCUGGAAUAAAUCUAAAUACUCCAAAUAACUUCUGUGAUAGUUGUGUGGAAAGAAUAAUACAAGAACAAAGGAUCUUAAAUGUUUACAAUUCCUUUAAAGACAUUCUAAAUAACAUAAUUCCCCAAUCCGACGAAAAGGCUUUUAGUUUAGCCCUGGAUUAUCCAUUCCGUGCUGGCGCAGCAAAAAGCAUUGUUGGCGUACGAAGCGAUUCCUUAGAGUAUAAGAACUUGUCGAAAUUCGUCAGAGCCCAACUUACUGGAUCUCUUACUAAAUUCGAUGGUGCUCUUCUGCAUCUUAUUGGACCUGUCAAAGCACUGGCAGUGGAAGGCAUACCAGGCGAAAAAAUAAUUGGUUUUAACACUCGUUUGGUAGCUACUUUGGAUAGCAAGGAAGUAAAAAAACGGGCAAAAUUACACUUUGAAAAUGAUAUGGGUAUCGAUUUUGUACUCAAUAACGGUGGCUGGAUUUUUUCCACGCAAAACUUUGAUAAAUUUAAGGUAUCAGAUCAAAAGAAGAUGCUAUCACAAAUCACUUCUUCAAUAGCGGAUACUCUAUUUAAAACGGAAAUAAUAAGUGACUGUCAGUGCCUACCGGUUCAUGGUUUACAUGGCCAACAUAAAUGCAUUAACAAAUCAACAACAUUUCUUCCUAACAAAAAGCCGAAAGCAUAAGAAUGUGUAAAAUCAAAAUAUCUUACGAAUACUGUAAAUCAUAUUAACAAUAAAUAAAUAAUCUAUUUCUUGUA